AUGGAUCGCGAAAAGUCCGACUUUGAAAUCCAGCGUGAAGCUCUCCUGGGUGAAAUUGCCAUGAGCUUCGAGCAUGUCCUCGCCAGCAUCAACAAACUCAACCGAUCCCUCGAGUCCGUGGUAGCGGUGGGCAACGAAUUCUCCUCGGUAGAGGCCCUCUGGUCCCAGUUUGAGAAUGUCAUGGCUCCGAGGGAUGAUUCUGGACCCAUCACCUCUGGAGCUGGAGCUGCAGGUGCAACAAAGGCAGAGGGCGAAGGGGAGAACAAGUGA